AUGGUUGAAAUCGACAACUUGGAUGUAGUAGUGAAUGGUUCAGCUAGUAUUCAUCAUGUUAAAUUUAUUCUUACAUUAUCAUUACAAAUUCCAGCAUUAAUUCUUUCUUUUCUCAUCUUCCUAUUUUUUAUUACAAAUCAAGUUCAUCUACGUAAACUACAAAAUCAAGCUUUAUUAGUUUUAUUUAUUGUUAACUUUAUUCAGUUAUCAUCUAAUAUAUCAUUACUUGUCCAUUUCCUUCGUCUUAAUCGGAUUAGUCCAGCAACAGGUACAUAUUGUAAAUUUUGGGUGUAUCUCGAAUCUACACUAGAUGCAUCCAAUGCAUUCCUUGCAGCAGUUAUAUCUAUUCAACGACAUACACUUGUCUUUCAACCGAAUAUAUUACGAAUACGUUUAAAACGUUACAUUUUUUACUACUCUCCUCUUUGUUUUGCUUUUUGUUAUCCAGCGAUAUUUUAUUUGGGUGCAGUUAUAUUUUAUCAUUGUGAUGAUUCACAGUGGAACUUUGAGUUAAAUAUGUGUGGUGAUACUAUUUGUUAUCUUUCAAAUAAUCAGAUUUUAGCAACAUAUGAUUGGAUAGUUAACACUGCUUUACCUAUUAUUAUUAUUAUUUUUGCUAAUGCAACAUUAAUAAUUCGAGUUAUUGAACAAAAACAUCGUCGACAACAGACUAUUUCUUGGUCAAAACAAAGGCGUAUGACACUACAAUUACUUAGUAUAUCUAGUCUUUAUUUAGUUACAUGGAUACCUAGUAUAGUUAGUGGUUUAAUGCAACAAGUAAAUGCGACAACAUCUCUAUAUGACAUUCAAGAAAACUAUAUAUCAGAUUUAACUUAUUUGAUUUGUCUUUUACUUCCUUGGAUGUGUAUUGGACUAGUUCCUGAUUUCAAGAAAUGGCUGUUAAAACAGUUUCAUCGUAUAAAAAGGCCACAUAAUACAAUUGGAGGUAUAUCAUAA